AUGUACAUCUGUACACUUUUGUCACUGGCCAUUGGCCUCAUUGGCGCGGGUGCCAGCCCAUGCAAGCCGCUGACGUCGGCUUCGGCACUUUCUUCUGCCACUUUGACAUCGAGUGUGGCUGAACCUACUGUGUCUAGCUCUGUCGCUGAGACCUCAACUUCAGCUGAGUCUUUGGUGACUGACACUGCGACUUCAACUGCUGCGGACUCAAGCACCAUCGAUUUGUCAACAACUCUCGCUCUAACCGCCACGUCUGCCGAUUCAACAACACUCUUCACAACCGAAACCUCGGCAGCUACAACUGAAUUCUCCUCCACCGAGACUACAGCCGAUACCACCACCGCCGACGCAACAACCACCACAUCCGACGCACCGCCCGUCAUCACCACUUUCGCCAUCAUCGCCGGCGCCGGCCCCGCAGCUAAUCGCAACCUGAAAUCAGACAACCUCUCGGGUGGCCUCCUCUACCUCGGCUCCGGCAUCACUCUCCCCGCGCAGCACUACAACUUUGACGCCGCUACCGGCCAGAUCAAAUCCGGGACCAAGUCCCUCUGUGCAACAUUCCAGCACAGCGACACGACCAAGGCGUACAUCGGCCCAUGUACCAGCGAUAAUGAGAACCCUAACAAGGGCGUGGUGUUCCUGACCUGCCAGGUCCCUACUGAAGGAUCUGCCCUCCAGUGCAGCGUUCCGGUGCUGAGCUGUAUCCAGCAAGGUGGUGGUGAGCAAACUUGUGCUGCGACGACGGAUACUUUGAGUCAUUUUAGCAUGGAGGGUGAUGUUGGAAUGGUGUAUAUUGUUGGGGAUGGCUUCACGGGUAUUAAUCAGACGCCUGUUGAUCUGAUUGUUGACCAGGCUGCUGUUGCUGCUCCGACACCUUGA